CUAAAAAAAAUACAAGUGGGAGUAUGAACGCUAUGAUUUGUCAACUCCAAGACCUACUGCCUUACAAAAACAUGAGUUUCGAACCGUGGCGUGACUACAUGAAGUUAGCUGACCUAGUGCGGGAGAUGCAGUUAGGCAAGUUCACCCCAGAACCGUCAACCGUUGAGGGUCAUGACUCCGGGAUAAGUUUGACCAUUGUGGAAUUUGAAGAGUUUCCGCCGCGAGCCUUGCUGUCACCGAUAACACCUGUGCCGACACCACCCCUAGGGCACGAAAUGGAACCCCUGGAAUCCGAAAUCUACCUCUUGCAUGAAGACGCUCCUUUAUGGCCGAGCAGCACCGAGGGUCCCGAGCCUCCUACAGCACCGUCCAGAUCCCCCGCUGGCACUUGGGGCCAGAGUGGGAGAAACACGCCGGAGGAGGUGCCAUCACUUGAGCGCAAGUUCUGCAGCUUCUGUAAACACAACGGGGAGUCUGAGUCGGUGUUUGUGUCCCACAGCCUCAAGAACCAGGAUGGGGACAUGAUGUGCCCGUACCUGCGGCUGUGUGUCUGCCCUCUCUGCGGGGCCACCGGGGCCCAAGCCGCCACCAAGCACAAUUGUCCCCUGGUCGACACCACCUACAGCUCUGUCUAUGUCACGCCCAGUGGUGUAAAGUACUUUAGUGAAAUACUUGAAAGUACUACUUAAGUAUUAAGUAGUUUUUGGGGUAUAUGUACUUUACUUGGGCUUACGAGUGGCGCAGCGGUGUAAGGCGCUUGAGGCGUCACCACAGACACCUUGGUUCGAAUCCAGGCUGUAUCUCAACCGGUCGUGAUUGGGAGUCCCAUAGGGUAUCGCACAAU